AUGGUUGAGAAAAAAAUUGUCAAGAAAAUUCGAUUUGGUGACAGCACGAAUACGGUAGUGUGGAAAAAAAUUCAAAUUUGGAUCUUGACAUGUUGGUGUUUUUUAACGGUAGGCAUAUUGCUAGGAAGUUGGUGAGCUUAUCAUAAAAUAGGCU